AUGUUCGCCAAGAUUCUCUCAUCCACCGCCGUGGUGCUUGCUGCCACCCAGCUGGUUGCUGCCCAGACCUACACUGCCUGUGAUCCCAGGGAGAAGUCGUGCCCUCCUGACCCGGCCGUCGGUAAGGAGAACACCGUCACUGUCGACUUCACCAAGGGCAAGAACGACUUCUUCAAGGCUGCUGAUGGCACUACCAUCACCUACGACGGCAAAGGUGCCGCUUUCUCCAUGAAGAAGGAGACCGAGGCUCCCACCAUCACCAGCACCAAGUACAUCUUCUUCGGCAAGGUCGAUGUUGAGGCUGUCGCCGCCCCCGGCCAGGGUAUUGUCACCAGCAUCGUUCUCCAGUCCGAUGACCGUGACGAGAUCGACUGGGAGUGGAUUGGAAGCGACACAAAGCAGGUCCAGACCAACUACUUCGGCAAGGGUGACGAUUCGACCUUCGACCGUGGUGGAUACUCUCCUGUUUCUAACCCCCAGUCCGAAACUCACGUUUACACCAUCGAGUGGACCAAGGAUUACGUCCACUGGAUCAUUGAUGGCAACCUCGUCCGUGAGCUCAAGUACGCCGAUGCCAAGGGCGGCAGCCGAUUCCCUCAGACUCCUGCUCAGCUCAAGCUUGGUACCUGGGUUGCUGGUAGCUCUACCGCUCCUGAGGGCACUGUCCAGUGGGCUGGUGGUCUAGCUGACUUCUCCAAUGGUCCUUUGACUGCCUACUACAAGAAGGUCACCAUCCAGGAUUACGCUGGUGGUGUCGCCAAUGCCAAGCAGUACGUAUGGAAGGAUGGCUCUGAUGGAUCUUGGCAAUCAAUCAAGGUUGAGACUGAGGACGGCUCCGACGGCGAGAGCGACGAUGAGCCCACCAGCACCAGCACCACCGCCAAGCCUACCAAGACUGCCACUACCUCUGCUGACGACGAGGAGACUACCUCGUCUGCCACCAAGACCAAGACUACCCUUGCCACUGUUGCUACCACUACUGCCUCAGAGAGCGCCAGCUCCUCUGCCGCCGGUCACAACGCCACCCCCACCUCCGAUGCCACUCCCACUGAGAGCGGUGCCGCCUCCCAGACCAGCGAGGCUGCCACGACCUCCAGCUCGCCUGCUGCCACUGGUGCUGCUUUCAAGCCUGGCUUCAGCGGUGCUUUGGUCGGUGCUGGUGUCUUGGCCGCUCUGGCUCUGUAG